AUGGAACUUUCCCUGAGAGGACUUCUUUCCACCCUCAAUACUCCCCCGUCACCCUCGCAUACUACCCUCACCCUCCCUGUCACCUUCACAUACUACCCCACCCUCCCUGUCACCCUCACAUCACACCCCACCCUCCCUGUCACCCUCACAUUAUACCCCACCCUCCCCGUCACCCUCACAUACUACCUCACCCUCCCUGUCAUCCUCACAUCACACCCCACCCUCCCUGUCACCCUCACAUCACACCCCACCCUCCCCGUCACCCUCACAUACUACCCCACCCUUCCUGUCACCCUCACAUCACACCCCACCCUCCCCGUCACCCUCACAUACUACCUCACCCUCCCUGUCACCCUCACAUCACACCCCACCCUCCCCGUCACCCUCAUUUUAUACCCCACCCUCCCCGUCACCCUCACAUACUACCCCACCCUCCCCGUCACCCUCACAUACUACCCCACCCUCCCUGUCAUACUCACAUUAUACCCCACCCUCCCCGUCACCCUCACAUACUACCCCACCCUCCCCGUCACCCUCACAUACUACCCCACCCUCCCUGUCACCCUCACAUACUACCCCACCCUCCCUGUCAUACUCACAUUAUACCCCACCCUCCCCGUCACCCUCACAUCACACCCCACCCUCCCCGUCACCCUCACAUACUACCCCACCCUCCCUGUCACCCUCACAUACUACCCCACCCUCCCUGUCAUACUCACAUUAUACCCCACCCUCCCCGUCACCCUCACAUACUACCCCACCCUCCCUGUCACACUCACAUACUACCCCACCCUCCCUGUCACCCUCAUUUUAUACCCCACCCUCCCCUUUUUCCUCAAUACACAAGUGAGGGUCUGGGCUAUCGCUUCAUUAUCAUAUGCAGGUCGCCGAUGA